UGGGAAAUGAAUUUAAACUCUCACGCCUUUUGCACCGAUUCGUUUCUCCGGCAACUUCCGUCGGUAAAAGCUCGACGACAGAGAGAACCACGAGGGAGAGAGAGGAAGACGACGAAGAUGGGACGUAGCUGUAGAAUCCAUGGCACUCUCUUGAUCGCUUUCCUUUUCUUCUCCACUGCUCGUUCCUUCUAUCUCCCUGGUGUCGCUCCUCGCGAUUUCCAGAAGGGUGACCCUCUGUAUGUCAAAGUGAACAAACUGUCAUCUAUAAAGACUCAACUUCCAUAUGACUACUACUACUUGAAUUACUGUAAGCCUCCCAAGAUUCUGAACAGUGCUGAAAAUUUGGGGGAGGUCCUCAGAGGGGAUCGCAUUGAAAAUUCAGUUUAUACUUUUGAAAUGUUGGAGGACCAACCAUGCAAAGUAGCUUGUCGAGUAAAACUUGAUGCUGAGUCUGCAAAAAAUUUCAAGGAAAAGAUUGAUUAUGAAUACCGGGCCAAUAUGAUUCUUGAUAACCUUCCAGUAGCUGUUCUUAGACAAAGAAGAGAUGGAAGUCAGUCAACGACUUAUGAACACGGUUUCCGUGUCGGUUUCAAAGGAAGCUAUGAAGGGAGCAAAGAGGAGAAAUAUUUUAUCCAUAACCACUUGAGUUUCCGAGUUAUGUACCAUAGAGAUCAAGAGUCUGACUCUGCUCGAAUUGUUGGAUUUGAGGUUACCCCUAACAGUAUCCUUCAUGAAUACAAGGAGUGGGAUGAAAAGAAUCCUCAAUUAGCAACAUGCAACGUUUAGAGCAGAAGAUUACUGGUGGGUCUGUGUGUAUAUAUGUUGCAAGAUGAUCGGAAAGAGGUUGUGUUUACCUAUGAUGUCACAUUCAAGGAAAGUGAAGUCAAAUGGGCUUCUCGCUGGGACACGUACCUUCUAAUGAACGAUGAUCAAAUCCACUGGUUUUCCAUCAUUAAUUCAUUGAUGAUUGUCCUAUUCCUCUCUGGCAUGGUAGCCAUGAUCAUGAUGAGAACUCUAUACAAGGAUAUCUCAAACUACAAUCAGCUCGAAACCCAAGACGAAGCUCAGGAAGAAACAGGAUGGAAACUUGUACACGGAGAUGUCUUCAGGCUGCCAGUGAACUCGGGUUUGAUAUGUGUUUAUGUCGGUACGGGAGUUCAGAUAUUCGGGAUGACACUCGUAACGAUGAUAUUCGCCUUGCUGGGUUUCCUCUCCCCAUCCAACAGAGGAGGGCUUAUGACUGCAAUGGUUCUCCUGUGGGUUUUCAUGGGCAUAUUCGCCGGUUACUCCUCAUCCCGUCUUCACAAAAUGUUCAAAGGUACUGAGUGGAAGAGAAUCACCUUGAAGACAGCUUUCAUGUUUCCGGGUAUCCUUUUUGCAAUCUUCUUCUUCCUGAACGCUCUCAUAUGGGGAGAACAGUCAUCAGGAGCCAUACCCUUUGGUACAAUGUUUGCUCUGGUCUGCCUCUGGUUUGGGAUCUCAGUCCCGCUAGUCUUUGUCGGAAGCUACCUCGGUUACAAGAAGCCGGGAAUAGAAGACCCGGUGAAGACAAACAAGAUCCCGAGGCAAGUACCUGAACAGCCGUGGUACAUGAAACCCGUAUUCUCGAUUCUGAUAGGAGGCAUCCUUCCGUUUGGGGCAGUCUUCAUCGAGCUAUUCUUCAUCCUCACCUCCAUAUGGCUGAACCAAUUCUACUACAUCUUCGGGUUCCUAUUCAUCGUCUUUGUAAUAUUGAUCAUAACUUGCGCGGAGAUCACGAUCGUGCUCUGCUACUUCCAGCUCUGCAGCGAAGAUUACAACUGGUGGUGGAGAUCAUACCUUACGGCCGGCUCCUCCGCCUUCUACCUCCUCCUCUACUCGGUUUUCUACUUCUUCACGAAGCUGGGGAUCACGAAAUUCGUAUCGGGUAUCCUCUAUUUCGGGUACAUGAUCAUUAUCUCCUACGCUUUCUUCGUUCUUACGGGGACGAUCGGGUUUUACGCUUGUUUCUGGUUCGUGAGGAAGAUCUACUCUUCUGUGAAGCUCGACUGAUCAUUUUUUUUUUCCAGAAAGAUGGGAGCUUUGGGUAGUUGUAAUGAGUGGAAAAGGUUGAAGCUUGUACUUACCCUUUUUUUUUUCUGGGUUCCUUUCAAAACUUGCAAGUCAUUGUGGAAUUAGCAAUGCUUUCUGAUCAAAUUUUUUUUAUUGGCCUUCCCCUGGCCAGUUGCUGUAGGAUUGCCAUGCAAAUAUGGUAUUAUCAAAUCUAUUAUCUGAGGUGGGA